UUAUUGUGGUUUUUCAGUCGCCCGUUUCUUGGCUUUUUCCUCAGUUUUUAAAGCAGGGAUGGGAAACUAAUAAUGUCAUCCAAAGGGGUGGAGAGAAAUUUGAGAAAGAAAAAAUGAGGAAUUUGGAUGGGAAAACAGUAGAAGAUGAAGAUGGAAGAGGGUCAAAAUCUGCAACUUACUGUGUUACUGGUGCCACUGGCUUCAUUGGCUCUUGGUUGGUCAAGCUUCUUCUUCAAAGGGGUUACACAGUUCAUGCCACUCUUCGAAACCCUGAAAAGUCUCUGAACCUGUUGUCGUUGUGGACGGGUUCUGAUCGUUUACGAUUGUUUCGAGCUGAUCUACGAGAAGAAGGGAGCUUCGAUGAAGCUGUUAAGGGCUGUGAUGGUGUAUUUCAUGUUGCUGCCUCAAUGACUUUCAGUGUUGAUCAGCAAGACAACAUUGAGGAUUAUGUUCAAUCAAAUGUGAUUAACCCGGAAAUCAACGGGACCAUCAGCCUGCUGAAAUCUUGCUUGAAAUCUGGGUCUGUGAAGCGGGUCGUUCUCACGUCGACGAUAAGUACUCUCACUGGUAAAGAUGCGAACGGAGAACGGAGACAUGUUGUUGAUGAAUCUUGUCUAACGUCAAUGGAUCAUGUCUGGAAGACUAAACCAAGUGGUUGGAUUUAUGCAAUUUCAAAGCGUCUAACUGAGGAAGCGGCAUUUAAAUUUGCAUAUGAAAAUGGCAUUGACAUUGUGUCUGUAAUUACAAGCACCGUUUCUGGCCCGUUCCUCAUUUCCAAUAUCCCAGCCAGCGUGCAAGUUCUCACAGCACCAAUAACCGGCGAUCCCCGCUUUCUUGGGAUAGUAUCCAACGUGAACGAAAGAAUUGGAUCGGUCGCUCUUGUUCACACCAAUGAUAUAUGCAGAGCUCACAUCUUCCUAAUGGAGCAUGCAGACGCCAAAGGUCGAUACCUAUGUUGCAUCGGGAGUUGGCCAUUGUCAAAGCUGGUCGAAUGCCUAUCCCGACACUAUCCAAGCAUCUUGCAGAGGUUUGUAGAUGAGAAGCAAAAUGGGAUGCCUUCUGAGGUUUCUAACAAGAAAUUGAGAGAUCUGGGGUUUGAGUUUCAUCAUGGAUUAGAUGAUAUAAUUAAGGACACAAUUGAUGCUUGUGUUGAAUGUGGCUUUAUAACUCUUACUUAAAAGGAAGUGGCCAUUUUUUCUAUGAGCACUUAGACUGAAAAUGGAAAAUCAAGUGACAUGAAGUUCUCUCUAGAUGUAUUGUAUGCAAUAUUGAGAGAGCAGAAGCGAAAGUUGUGUUGAUUAUGAUGUUCAUGAUGGGCCAACGUCUUAUUUUAAAGGUCUCUUGCAAACA